AUGCUUCUGGUUGGCUGCUGCCUGCUGGGACUGGCCAAGUGUCUACCGAGCAGUUCCUGUGUGAUAGGCAUUGGCCCGGGUGCUGGAGGUAGAAAAUUGAACUCAGCCUUUCCAGAGGAGGAGGGAAAAAUGACCAAAUUCCAGGAGGAGGUGACAUUCCAGGAUGUAGCUGUGGUCUUCUCAGAGGAGGAACUGGGGCUGCUGGAGCCCGCCCAGCGGAAACUGUACUGGGAUGUGAUGCUAGAGAACUUCUGGAACCUGCUAUCCCUUGGGCAUCAGUCCUUCACACCAGAUGAGCUGUCCCAGUGGGGGAGAGAAGAAAAGCGCUGGGUGCUGAGGACAGUCACCCACAGCAUCAGCAGCUUGGUUCCUUCAGGAGACAAGAAUCUGAAAGAGCUGGAGGCUCUACAGGAAGCGACAUCAAAGUCCCUGCCCCGUGGAGAACUUUCCUGCUCACAGAUCUGGCUCCAGGUUGCAAAGGAAUUAGCCAAAUGUCAGGAAUCUGUAGUACAUGUUCACAUGGGCGCCUCUCGGUUGGAAAAGCAGGGUGGUGCCCUUUCGGAAAAUGGGGGACAUGGCAAAGGCUUCCUUCCGAAUAUCUAUCUGCAGGUGCACCACAGAGUCCACUGUGCAGAGAGACCCUUCAUGGGGGAGGACGGUCCAAUUCCCAGCGCGCCUCACCAAGAGAACCAGCUACCCCUGGUGGGCGAGAAGCCCUAUAUGUGUGAGAAAUGCACCAGCUCCUUCCGUCGGCUGUCAAGUCUUCAAGCCCAUCACAGAACCCACAGCAGGGAGAAGUCACCCAGAGGCGACACGUCGUGCCAGGCCGUCUCUCAGCGGUGCCCACCUCCUCGCCAGCGCAUCUCUCCUGAAGAGCACCCACACAGAUCCGCACAGUGUGGGAGGAACGUGGAGGGGAGCUCGCCCGGCCCUGUGAAACCCCCUGGGGGUCAGGAGUGUGGGCUCGGUCAGGGUGCACCCCUGCGGCCCCGCCGGGGCAGCAGCAAACCGUACCACUGUGAUGAGUGCGGCAAGGGCUUCAGCUGGCUCUCGCGACUGCAGGCACACCAGCGCACCCACACAGGUGAGAAGCCCUACAAGUGCCAGGUGUGCGGCAAGGGCUUCAGCUACAGCUCCCACCUCAACAUCCACUGCCGCGUCCACACUGGGGAGAAGCCCUACAAGUGUGAGGAGUGCGGCCGGGGCUUCAGUGUGGGCUCCCACCUGCAGGCACACCAGACAAGCCACACGGGUGAGAAGCCUUACAAGUGCGCCGAGUGCGGCAAGGGCUUCUGCCGGGCCUCCAACCUCCUGGACCACCAGCGGGGCCACACGGGCGAGAAGCCCUAUCAGUGCGACGCGUGCGGGAAGGGCUUCAGCCGGAGCUCGGAUUUCCACAUCCACUGCCGCGUGCACACGGGUGAAAAGCCCUACAAGUGCCAGGAGUGCGGGAAGGGCUUCAGCCAGGCGUCCAACCUGCUGGCCCACCAGCGGGGCCACACAGGCGAGAAGCCCUACAAGUGCGGCACGUGUGGGAAGGGCUUCAGCCGGAGCUCGGAUCUGAACGUCCACUGCCGGAUCCACACCGGGGAGAAGCCCUACCGGUGUGAGAAGUGCGGGAAGGCCUUCAGCCAGUUCUCCAGCCUCCAGGUGCACCAGCGGGUCCACACGGGUGAGAAGCCGUACCAGUGCGCCGAGUGCGGCAAGGGCUUCAGCGUGGGCUCACAGCUCCAAGCCCACCAGCGGUGCCACACAGGCGAGAAGCCGUACCAGUGCGAGGAGUGCGGGAAGGGCUUCUGCCGAGCCUCCAAUUUCCUGGCCCACCGCGGCGUGCACACAGGCGAGAAACCCUACCGCUGUGAGGUGUGCAGCAAGCGCUUCAGGCAGAGGUCCUACCUGCAGGCGCACCAGAGGGUCCACACAGGGGAGAAGCCGUAUAAGUGCGAGGAGUGCGGCAAGGGCUUCAGUUGGAGCUCGUACCUGCAGGCCCAUCAGCGCGUCCACACGGGGGAGAAGCCCUACAAGUGCGCUGAGUGCGGCAAGGGCUUCAGUUGGAGCUCGAGCCUCAUCAUCCAUCAGCGCGUCCAUGCCGAUGACGAGGGCAGCAGAGUCGCAGCCCCCUCAGAGAAUGCCUCUCGGCGGGAAGCGCAGUGAGAUGCUUUCCAUUCCUCAA